UAGCUAAUGGAACAAGACACACAUCUCUCACUAUAUAAGGCUGGCUAAUGACCACUUAUGGGAACAAGCCAGGAGCAAAGCACAUAUUUGAGCGAGCAUCAUAUUUGAGGAGUAUAUCCGGGUUGACGCCAUUAAGCAAAAAUGGGAGCCGUGCACGGUGUGUGCUACGGAAUGGUGGGCGACAACCUGCCCUCGCGGAGCGACGUCGUGCAACUCUACAAGUCCCGCAACAUCCACGCCAUGCGCAUCUACAACCCGGACCAGGAGGCCCUUGCAGCCCUCCGCGGAAGUGGCAUCUUCCUCAUCCUGGAUGUCGGUGGGCUCGACGAGGUCCAGCGCCUCGCCCGCGACCCGUCAUAUGCAGCUGGCUGGGUCCGGAGCAACGUCCAGGCCUACUACCCGGACGUCCUCAUCCGGUACAUUGCCGUUGGCAAUGAGGUCCCCGCCGGUGACACGGGCGUCAUCCUCCCGGCCAUGCAGAAUGUGCACAACGCCCUGGCGUCCGCCAACCUCUCCAGCAGCAUCAAGGUGUCAACGGCGGUGAGGUUCGACGUGAUCACCAACUCCUUCCCGCCUUCCAGCGGCGUGUUCAGGGACCCUUCUGGCUUCGUGCCCAUCGCGCGGUUCCUGGACCGCACCGGCGCCCCGUUCCUGGCCAACGUGUACCCCUACUUCGCUUACAAGGACGACCGUGGCCAGAACAUCAGGCUCAACUAUGCGACGUUGCAGCCGGGCACCACGGUGAGGGACAACGGCAACGGGCUGAACUACACCAGCCUCUUCGACGCGAUGGUCGACUCCAUCUACGCCGCGCUGGAGAAGGCCGGCACGCCGAACGUCAGAGUGGUGGUGUCGGAGAGCGGGUGGCCGUCGGCGGGUGGGUUCGGGGCAUCGGUGGACAACGCGCGGAGCUACAACCAGGGCCUCAUUGACCACAUCCGCAACGGCACGCCGAAACGGUCAGGGGCAAUCGAGACGUACAUAUUCGCCAUGUUCAACGAGAAGAAGAAGCCAGGGGAUGAGGUCGAGAGGAACUUCGGGCUCUUCUUCCCCAACAAGCAACCUGUCUACCCGACCACCUUCCCCAAUUAAUAAGCCGAAAGUCAACGUCUAUGUACGUAGCUGGCCUGUCAUGCAUCCAUGCGUUGCCACUUGUUGAAUAAAAAUAGAUGCGUGCUUGUGACAAUGUAGCCUAUGAACGAAUCUUCCUUGAGAAUAAAUUUAUUUUUUAUUUUUA